UCUGGUAAAACAGGAGCAUCUGGCAUCCAAGGACCAGUAGGGAAAAGUGGAGAAGCCGGUGGUGCAGGAAUGAAGGGGAGACCAGGAAAGUCUGGAGUGAGAGGGAAUAAAGGUAAAAAAGGCUUCAGAGCACCUUCAGGAUUUGAAGGAUUAAAGGGUCCAAAAGGAGAGGAAGGAUCAAGGGGGAAACCCGGCCUUCCAGGCGAGAGGGGUGCACUUGGACCACGGGGGUACAGAGGCGCAGCUGGUAUUCAGGGUAAUAUUGGACCAUGGGGUGAGAUUGGAGUUUGUGGCCCCCCAGGUGAACAGGGACCACCAGGUCCAGCUGGCUUUCAUGGAGUUACAGGUUACCCAGGUAAAGAUGGCCCUCAGGGUGAAGAGGGAUCAGCUGGAGUGAAAGGAGAUAAGGGAACCAGAGGAAUGUUGGGGCAGAAGGGAGUUGCUGGUGUCGAUGGUGAGGAGGGUGAAGCAGGACUGAGGGGUCCACAGGGCUCAGCUGGACAAAAGGGCAUGUCUGGUAAUAAAGGGAACACAGGAACUCCUGGACACAAAGGACCACAUGGCGCUGAGGGUGACAGAGGCAACCAAGGCCCACAGGGUGCAAUGGGACCACCUGGGACACAGGGGCACAGAGGUGCUCCAGGAGACAGAGGGAUACAAGGGUUUCCCGGGCCCAAGGUGAAUCAUUUCACCUUCAGUCUGACAGACACAACAAUGAAGCCUGCAUGUCAUUGA